GUUCCAUUCGAACCCAGCGUCUGAGAUCGUGUCCUCCUAAUUGUUGAUAAUCUUUCACAGUCAGCCAUGCAGGCUAUCAAGUGUGUGGUAGUCGGGGACGGUGCUGUGGGUAAGACAUGUCUUCUUAUCAGCUACACUACCAAUGCCUUCCCCGGAGAAUACAUUCCAACUGUCUUUGACAACUACUCUGCAAAUGUUAUGGUAGAUGGCAAGCCAAUCAAUCUUGGACUAUGGGAUACUGCUGGACAAGAGGACUAUGAUCGUCUCAGACCCUUGUCAUAUCCGCAAACUGAUGUCUUUCUUAUAUGUUUUUCCUUGAUCAGUCCUACAAGUUUCGAGAAUGUUCGAGCAAAGUGGUUUCCUGAAGUGAGCCAUCAUUGCCCUCAUACCCCUAUCAUCUUAGUGGGUACCAAGCUUGAUCUGCGUGAAGACAAGGAGACAAUUGAGAAACUGAGAGACAAGAAGCUGUCCCCUAUCACCUACCCUCAAGGGCUGGCCAUGGCAAGGGAGAUAAGUGCUGUGAAGUAUCUUGAGUGCUCAGCCUUAACCCAAAAAGGGCUGAAGAAUGUCUUUGAUGAGGCUAUUCGGGCUGUUUUGUGCCCUAAGCCUAAGCCAAAGAAGAAGAAAGGAUGCGAAAUUUUGUGAGCCGAUUAUUUGUUUGUUUUAUGUUUGUGUAGGGUUUUGUUUUUGUUUGGGUUGUUUUUUUUUCAUUGUAAUCAGCAUGUUAACUUUUACUACUGAACGUGGUGUACCAUCAGCUCAGUGUCGGUUACUGUGUACAAUUUUUAGAAAUUUCGGCCAGAAGAGGAAGUCUGGCUUUAAGUUUAGCGCCUCUCUUAAGCCAACAGUACAACUGGCUUUUUAUCAUAUUUUUAAUCAUGGGCAUGCUUAGAGUAUGCUGUUUGUAAUAUAAACUUUCAAAGUAUUCUUCGGUGAAUGAAAAAGCUUUUCUUUAUGCUUGUGGUUUGUAUGUUUUGAUACUGAGAGAAAAAGGUAUUAAUAUGUAGUUCAAAGAAUUUCGUGAACUUAUGUAUUUUUCAGUUCAGAACAAAGGUCCUAAUUGCUCAAUACCAACAUCACAAUGUCUUGAGCGAACUUUCUUUCUGUUUAAUUAUAUUAUUCAGCAGUUAGCUAAGACUGGAUUUAUAGUGUAACGUGUGUCUGUCCAAGUGUGUAAACAAAUCAUAUGUUUUUUGAAGUACUGAUUUAAUAAUUAAGGAGUGUUAAAAUAAAACAAGUUAGUUAGAGGGACAAAUCAAACCUGAGCUGGUUCCAACUGUCUUUGUAACAGUAUUUGCUUGAAUGGUUAGAAGAUGGUUCUCGGCUUAUGUUUGAUAUUUAGUUAUCAUUUCAUAUAUCAAAUGUAUGAUUAGUUGUAAAUUUCAUUUUAAAAUCUAUGAGGAUGAAAAGUCAGUGUAUCUCUUAUUCGCAUCAAUUUUUAUUUAACCUGUCAGGUAAGAGAACAACUCUUGGUCGUAAUUUUUUAAGAUCAUUAUUGAGUACUAAUCUAUGACAGUAUGUUUUGGGGUACUUUUUUUUUCCUUUUUUUUUUUUUGCACAAUGUAUUUUGUGAAUAAGAAAGAAUUUUUUAAAGUUUCUUAUUUUCUAAUUUUUCAUGUUGCCUAUACCACUAUCAAAAUAUAUUAGAAUUGUGCCUCACAGAGUUUUUUCUCACUGUGGUUUUAUUCAGCGCAUACAAAAUUUGAUUUACCCUU